GGUGGAGGGCGACUCUGCAUGUCCUUCACCUGGUUAGAAUCUCAUAGAGAAGAUUCCAGAGUUUUUAUUCCAACACGAUUUCCAACAGCUGCCAAAAAAAGAAGCAGGUGUUGCCUAAUGACAGAACCACUUCAAGAUUACAAGCUACAUGCCUUGCCCCAGCUGAUACAGAUCAGGUGGUGACAAUAGAAGCAGCCCCAGUCCUUGGUCCAUGAUGUAUGCACCUGUUGAAUUUUCAGAAGCUGAAUAUCCACGAGUCACAUAUCAAAAGAGACAGCAAUUUUGGGACCCUAUAAGGCUCGCUCUUUUUACUUUGGCAAUUGUAGCAAUCAUAGGAAUUGCAAUUGGUAUUGUUACUCAUUUUGUUGUUGAGGAUGAUAGAUCAUUCUAUUACCUUGCCUCUUUUAAAGUCACAAACAUCAAGUACAGAGAAAAUUAUGGAAUGAAAUCCUCAAGAGAGUUUACAGAAAGAAGUCAUCAGAUUGAAAGAAUGAUGUCUAGGAUAUUUCGACGUUCUUCUGGAGGAGGUCGAUUCAUCAAAUCUCAUGUUAUCAGCUUAAGUCCAAGUGAACAAGGCGUGAACAUUCUUAUGGUGCUCAUGUUUCGGUAUCCAUCCACUGAUAGUGUGGAACGAAUCAAGAAGAAAGUUGAAAGGACUCUAUACCAAAGUUUGAAGACCAAGCAGCUGCCUUUCAGUAUAAGUAAGCCAUCACUUAGACUCACACCUAUUGACAACAGAAAGAUGAGGAGUCUUCUCAACAGUCGCUGUGGGAUAAGGAUGACGCCCUCAAACAUGCCGUUACCAGCGUCCUCCUCUACUGCGAGAAUUGUGCAGGGCCGGGAAACGGCCAUGGACGGGGAGUGGCCGUGGCAGGCCAGCCUGCAGCUCAUCGGCUCGGGGCACCAGUGCGGGGCCAGCCUCAUCAGCCACACGUGGCUGCUCACGGCAGCUCACUGCUUCCGGAAGACUAAAGACCCAAGUAAAUGGAUUGCUACUUUUGGUACAACUAUAACACCACCUGCAGUAAAACGAAAUGUGGGGAAAAUUAUAGUUCAUGAAAAUUACCAUAGAGAGACAAAUGAUAAUGACAUUGCUUUGGCUCAGCUGACAACCCAAGUUGAAUUUUCAAAUAUAGUUCAGAGAGUUUGCCUUCCAGAUUCAUCUUUGAAGUUGCCACCUAAAACAAGUGUAUUUGUCACAGGAUUUGGGUCCAUUGUAGAUGAUGGACCUACACAAAAUAAACUUCGUCAAGCUAGGGUAGAGACCAUAGGUACAUCCGUGUGCAACAGAACGGAUGUAUAUGAUGGUCUGAUAACUCCAGGAAUGUUGUGUGCUGGCUUCAUGGAAGGAAAAGUAGAUGCAUGUAAGGGAGAUUCUGGUGGACCUCUGGUUUAUGACAACCACGACAUCUGGUAUAUUGUUGGUAUAGUGAGUUGGGGACAGUCAUGUGCUCUUCCUAAAAAGCCUGGGGUCUACACAAGAGUGACUAAGUAUCGACACUGGAUUGCUUCAAAAAUUGGUAUCUAGCACGGGUGGUUCAUGAUUUACAUCCAAAAUUCCUCAUCUUGUAUAUUAUUUAGAUUCCUAUGUUUGGAAUUGGUGCUUUUGCUAGAUGUCAAAAAACUCUUCAGGACUGGACCAGUACCACACAAGGCAGCCUUUGUGUACAUAUUGCAAACUCUCCCUCUGAGACGAUGAAGAAGACACAGCAAGUGACAGUAGCACUGAUUCCUGACUAGAAAGGAGAACUAUGGCGCUCGUUAAUAAAUGAAUGCCUGGAGAUACUUUCCCUCUAUGGAAGAUGGGGAGUAUCAUUUUUCACAGGGUCCGAGGAGGUGCCAAGGAGCUGCCAGGCCAUCACAGUCUUACCUCAUGCAAUACCUGGAGCACAUGGGAUUUUUCUGGUAAAAAUUAAACAGCAAUCUCUUCUGAAAAUUUGGAGCUUCAACACUCUAGAACUGAAGACUGAACAUUUAAUGGAUAGAAUGGAGGAGCUUAUAAUCUUUGAUGUAACUUGAACUCUCACCUGAGUUUAUAUCCCACAGUGCAGAACAUUAUCAUUAACCACAGGAAUUGUCAUUAAAACUUGCCAUUAAACUGUUAUGUACUCAUGCACUAACUUCAGGAAGUACAUUGUGUCACAAGAA